GAGGUUGAAUGAAUUGGAGAAGUUGGAGUGAAGAUUGAUGAUCCAUGAUGGCCAACAUCCAUAUUCCGAACAAUUGAUGAGAUUGUUCCGACACUUCUGCAUGCUCUGGAGGACGAUCAAACCCUGAUACUGCUCUGGAUGGUUUAAAACAGAUUUUAAGUGUCAGGACCAGUGCGGUGCUGCCUCAUAUCCUUCCCAAGCUUGUUCACCUUCCCCUUUCGUCUAUCUAGAGAGAACUCGGAGAAAACCUGAAAUUGAUGGGACAAAAACUUACAGGUUUAAAAAUAAUUUUCAAGUGUGCUCUUUAGUUGCUGGUUGGAUCGGCAGACAAGGGGAUAGCAUUGGCUUUACAUUCUGUGGCUGAUGUUCUUGGAACCAAAGAUCUUCCUGUUGUUAUGACUAUCCUAAUAUCACUAACGCUGUUCCGAGCACACAAGAUAAUCUACAGGUGGUAUGCUGGGCUAUUUUUCUCGCUCUGUGUUGAUAUGACGGACAACGAGUUGGUUUAUUUGGAGUGCAUCCACUCGUUUGUGGAGAUACUGGAUCACUUCUUUAGUAAUGUUUGCGAGUUAGAUUUGGUUUUUAACUUUCACAAGGUAUAUCUAAUCUUAGAUGAAUUCGUUCUCGCUGGGGAGCUCCAAGAAACAAGUAAGAAGGCUAUCAUAGAGAGGUUGAAUGAAUUGGAGAAGUUGGAGUGUGCUUCUGAACUUUAGAUAGAGAGUGUUUUCAUGUGAGAGUGCUUUAUAUCCAGUGCCUUCAAUG